AGGAUACCCACUUUCCAUUGGGCGUUUCAUUUUAGCCCUCCCCCCUUUUUCUGGAGGUGGGGUGGGAGGUAGAAGGGUCUGAGACCCAGCGCUCCCCUCCAGCGUCCACCUGGGAAGGGCUGGUGCGUCCUGGCUGCUGGUGGCUGCUGGCUCUGCAGCCAAGCAGUGGCCCAGAGUUUAGGGCUCCGGUGGCUGUUCUGGUCUCAAGAGUUGAACCAGAGAGCGUUUUACUUUGCACCAGGUCUGGAACGUGACCAGCCCUUUAGAGCAGGGACCUCCUUCUAGAGGGAACCCAGCUGGGACUCGUUGGGGAGGCUCCACCUCCGGAGAUGAGACGCCUGUUUCCAGCUGUGUGUGAGCCAGCCCCAGAGUCUUGAAAAGAGGAAGAGGCGACUAGGGCUGCUAAUCACCCUCCUAUCCCUCACGGAUAUCCUAGCCAGUCAAAUGUCUGUAAGCCAAGAAGAAGGCACCAGGGUAUAAAACUGUCACAGCAGCUUGGAAGGCAGAUGAUUCAGAUAUUGGGGACUGGAUCUUUGGCGUGCUGUUUAGGUGUGUUUGUCAUCAUGCUGUUAAGCAGGUGUUGAGGGAAAGCUAAGAGAAUGAAGGCUCUAACCCCCCAGUGGAAGCAUGACAUGGUGGACCAGAGCCGGUGCUGAAGUGCUCUCUCUGAUGGCUCUAUGGGAGUGGAUAGCACUCAGUCUGCAUUGCUGGGUUUUAGCGGUUGCUGCUGUCUCGGAUCAGCAUGCCACAAGCCCCUUCGACUGGCUCCUGUCUGAUAAGGGACCCUUCCAUCGCUCACAGGAAUACACAGAUUUUGUGGACAGAAGCCGCCAGGGAUUUAGCACGAGAUACAAGAUAUACAGGGAGUUUGGCCGCUGGAAAGUAAAUAACCUUGCAGUUGAGCGAAGAAAUUUCCUUGGCUCCCCUCUGCCUCUUGCCCCUGAAUUCUUCCGCAACAUAAGACUUUUGGGACGCCGACCUACCCUUCAGCAAAUCACUGAAAACCUUAUCAAGAAAUAUGGGACACAUUUCUUGCUCUCUGCUACUCUGGGAGGAGAGGAGUCACUCACAAUCUUUGUGGACAAGAGGAAGCUGAGCAAGCGAUCUGAGGGAAGUGAUUCCAUCACCAAUAGCUCUUCGGUCACCCUGGAGACGCUGCAUCAGUUGGCUGCCUCCUAUUUUAUUGACAGGGAUAGCACCCUCCGGAGACUUCAUCACAUUCAGAUCGCAUCCACUGCCAUAAAGGUAACAGAAACACGAACAGGUCCUCUUGGCUGCAGUAACUAUGACAACCUAGAUUCUGUCAGUUCUGUUCUGGUUCAGAGUCCUGAGAAUAAGAUUCAGUUGCAAGGGCUGCAAGUGCUUCUUCCAGACUACCUUCAGGAGCGCUUUGUGCAAGCAGCUCUGAGCUAUAUUGCUUGCAAUUCAGAGGGAGAAUUCAUUUGCAAGGACAAUGACUGCUGGUGUCAGUGUGGUCCCCGAUUCCCCGAAUGUAACUGCCCUUCCAUGGACAUCCAAGCCAUGGAAGAGAAUCUCCUUCGAAUAACCGAAACUUGGAAAGCCUACAACAGUGACUUUGAGGACUCAGACACAUGUGUUGCCUUUAUUACUGGUUAUUCUGUAUUUGAUUAA